UUGCCUUGUACUACUGCAAGAAUCUCCUACUUUGCAUCGUUCAUUCGCGGUCCGAAUCCCCCACAUCUCCACCACUUACUCCUGCAAAAGUGUAGUCCGCGAUCCUUACCCUGCACCCUCGGUCAUUCUCAUGGAUGGCUUCUACCUCCUAUUUUCUUUCUUGAGUUUGGGGUUUAGAUCCUUCUGACUUCUUUUCGCAUUCGAAAAGCGGCUUCUUGUGUUCUGUUCUCGUACGAAUGGUUCCAGUCUCGAUGCUCACUUGUAUGUUGUAACUGCGCGAAGUGCAAGCAACAGCUGCCAGAUCAAGAAUGGAGAUUUUGGGUCGGAUUAUCAUCUGCUCCAUUCUUAUUUUCUCCAUCGCAUCUGGGUCAUUCUCCAUUGACGCUGAUUUUAAUCGAGCAUUUCCGAUUAUAGAGCCAGAUCCAGGUCACACAAAACUUCGUCUUUCAAAAGAAGGGUUGGAGGCCAUCGAAAGAAUAACAACCCCCAUUGCAGCUGUUGCUGUGAUUGGUCCAUAUCGUUCGGGAAAAUCAUUUCUUCUAAACCAACUUCUUUCCCUAUCUUGUUAUGAAGGUUUUGGCGUUGGGCAUAUGCGUGACACUAAGACCAAAGGAAUAUGGGUGUGGGGAAGCCCCAUAAUAUUAGAAAUUGAUGGAGUAAAAACAUCUGUUUUCUACCUUGACACGGAAGGAUUUGAAAGUGUUGGAAAGUCAAAUGUAUAUGACGAUAGGAUUUUUGCCCUGGCAACGGUCUUAAGUUCUGUGCUUAUUUAUAAUCUACCCGAGACGAUCCGUGAGGCAGACAUAUCUAGGCUUUCAUUUGCUGUUGAGCUUGCUGAAGAGUUCUACGGAAGGUAUGCAACUCUUUUUAACUCGAUGAAACAUUUAUUUAGGUUUCAACUCCUUAUAGUGUUUUAUAUAUAUUUUGUUUACCUUCUGAUUGCUUUCUUUGUUUGGCUCUUUUUCAUGUGAUUACCCUCAUGUGCAUUGUGCAAUGCUUAGAGUAAAGGGGCAAGAUGUCGCAUUUGAACCUGCAAAGCUUCUUUGGUUAAUCCAGCGAGACUUUCUACAAGGAAAAUCUGUGCAAGAGAUGGUUCAUGAAGCUCUUCAGCAUGUACCUAAUAGUGGCGGCAACAAAGAUAUUGAUCAGGUCAACAAAAUUCGCGAUUCUUUAGCUGUAAUGGGUGAUAGUAGCACAGCCUUCAGCUUACCACAGCCACAUCUUCAGCGCACAAAGCUUUGUGACAUGAAUGAUACAGAACUUGAUCCUUCAUAUGUGGAGAAGAGGGAACAGCUGAAAGAUGUUGUGUCAUCAAUUAUUAAACCAAAGAUUGUUCAGGGAAAAUCUCUGAAUGGAAAAGAGUUUGUGGUUUUCCUUGAACAGAUUCUUGAAGCCUUGAAUAAAGGGGAGAUUCCAACCACAGGAUCACUUGUGGAAGUCUUCAACAAGGGAAUUCAAGAGCGGUGUCUUAAACUGUAUAGUGGUCAGAUGGGAAACCUGCAUUUACCAAUGCCAGGAGAGUCUUUGCAAAAAGCUCAUGAAGAUUAUAGAGAAUCGACUAUGAGGGUUUUUGAUGAGCAGCAUUUUGGUCGUCACCAUGCCAAGAUAUCAGUUGACAAACUAGAAGAUGAAAUUGACAAGGUGUAUAAAAAUUUCAUUUUGGCAAAUGAAUACCAAUCAUCAAAGCUGUGUGAGGCCUUAUAUACUCGGUGUGAGGACAAGAUGGACCACCUUCAAGUCCUUAGACUUCCAUCAAUGGCAAAAUUCAAUGUUGGAUUUCAUCAGUGCAACCAAAGUUUUGAAAAAGAAUGUGUUGGACCUUCUAAAAAGAACUAUGAACAACGGAUGCAAAAGAUGAUGAACAAGUCGAAGUCUCUAUUUAUUAAGGAAUAUAAUCACAGACUCUUCAAUUGGUUGGUAGCUUUCUCACUAGUCAUGGUGGUGGUUGGUCGGUUUGUCAUAAAGUUUAUUAUGGUUGAAAUUGGAGCUUGGAUACUUUUUAUUUUCUUAGAGACAUACACGAGGAUGUUUUGGUCAGCAGAGUCUUUGUAUUACAACCCAGUAUGGCAUGUAAUCGUCACGACUUGGGAAAAUGUCGUUUACAGCCCUAUCCUUGAUUUAGACAGAUGGGCAACUCCUAUUUGUGUGAUUGCUGUGUUAUUUGUGGUUUACUGGAAAUGCUCCGGGAGGAGGAAAAAUGGUGGAACAUGGCUGUUGCCUUUGUACAGCAGCUCAAAAGAUAGGCGUAGAUCAGAAUAAGAGACGACAAUGAUAUGAUGACGGGUUUGGGCUUCACCGAUCGAUUAUAUCAUCCCACGGCGAGCUUUGUAUUUUAUUCCUUAAAGCACGCAGGUUUUCUGGAGGAGAUCUUUUAUACUCAUACACAAGUGACCCUAUCCAAGGAAAGUCAAUAGACCACUUUCUUUGUUGUAACAGUUCCAAAUGAUUUAGUUUCUCUUUGACUUUGUGAAUGCUGUUGUAAUAGGCAUAUUUCAUUGAUUCUUUCUGGUUUUUUGUUGGUGGCUAUUAUUCCCAAGAUCUGUGAAUUAUACAUAACAGGGAAGAGGGAGAGAGAACGUCACCUUGCCAAUUUUGUGAAAGUGGAACAUAAACCAUAUGUUACAACAUUUACAAGAACUAUGAUUUUUUUUUCAACA